CCCGGAUCUCCAGUCUCCUACUUGUUGUUGUUUGCGGAUAUCCUGAAGACUUCCUUAUUUUCGUCUCUUUUCUGCACGGACAGCCUCAUUUAGAGCGAUUUACCAAUGAGUUUUACAGACGUGAGCAAUGCGUCUUACGUGAGAAACGGCCCAUAGCCUCCUCAAGCGUGUCAUGGAGGGUUACCCUUCAAAGGCGCAAGGGGACGUUUUUGAUCAGGGUAAUCCCUCUCAACACUUUGGUUCGGCAUCAACAGCCGUUCCUGCCACACAGACCAUUAACACUGCUGUGACCUUCAUAGGCCAGACACACUCCUCAUCUGGACAACUGGAGGGUAAUGCAGGAGCAAUGGCCACCCCAGGGACGAGCCUACAGGAUGACUUUAGGGGAGAAGCCAGUGUGGGAGGGAACACAGGACGCAAGAAGAAGAAGAAGCAGAAGAGUGGCGAAGAGACAUCAGGAAAUUCGGUCAAACCUGACCUGAUGGAAGAGGAUGAGCUCGUUGACGCUGCGAUUCCAAUGCUAGCUGAGAAUCAAGGUGUUGAAGAGCUGCUUUAUCCUGCCUCACUGCCUCCUGCAGGUGGGACAUUAGUUGGUGGUCAGUACCUCCUCAACAAUGCCCUUCUGGAUCAGAUCCUUGCAGAAAAGAAAAUGCAACUCAUGCAAAGUCCAGAAGUGAUGGAGUUCUUGAAGAAACAGAUAGGCCUGGCCAAGAAAUAAGAGAAAUCUUCCUACUUGUUAGAUGGAUAGCUUUGUGUGAGAAAGGUUUUUCUUUUCUUUUUACUGUAUAGCCAAUUAUUUAUGCCUUUUAUUUAUGACUGUGGAUAAUCUGUUGGUAAAACUUAGCUUGUUAUCAGAUGGUUUUGGUUAUUUGGAUCUGAAUGACAGGUGGUAUAUGUAAUAGGGUUAUCUUGUUUUUUUAGUUUGUUUUUUUAGUUUGUUUAAUUGAAUUCGUAUUUAUACAGCUUGAUUGGGAUACUAUAGGGAAUAUCUAUGGCUAUUAUCAAGAAGAUAGUUUUUUUCAUAUAUGUGUUAUUUUUGUGGUUAAUUACCCUCAUCCUUUGACUGCCUUCAAUAGCUCUUUUUACAAGUAAUUUUUCCUAAGAGAGCUAUAUACUUAAAGGAUCUUUAUGCUUCUUUCAAACAAAAUUUUCCUGAUUUUUACUUUAAACCCAACAGUUUUGAUCACCUUUUCUUUACUUUCAUUUCCUUGGUGAUAAACUCUUGGUAUGUAUACACUUGCAGUCACUGGUAUAGUACUUUGCUACCAAGUGUGUAAAUGCUAUCGUGCUAUAGAGUUUUGAAAUGCUAUUAGAUGAAAAUCAGUUUGAAAGUUACACCACUAUGGUCAAAAGUUAUAUAACUCACUUUUGGCAUACUUUUUAACAUAUUUUCCAUUCCCUGUCUUUUAUGGUCAAAUAGUAUGGUGGAGUCUAUGUUUUUCAUAAUUUAUUGCAUUGCAGGAUUACAAUAUGAACUUUUGAAAGCUCUUGAUUCCUGCCUUCUAUAAGGAUAUUAUCCACUUUAGUUGGGGUGUCAUGAGGCACCACCCUACUCAGUACUGCCAAGGGACAUUAUCAAGGGACAUUAGCCUGCUGAUGCUCAGGGAUUCUAGAUUUUUUUGCCAACCACAAUUUCUUCCUCUUACAUAGUUAGCAGUGGCUCCUCUCCCUUUGCCUCAGUAUGCUUCACAAAGCACCAGGACGCCAUGAUCUUAAGUCUGGUGUGCUGAAAAGGGGAAGAAAGUCCUUUGGAUUACAUUACUUUCUGCAUCAUAGGGACAUCUGUCAUGACUUGCCUCGUGACUGAAUAGCAGCUUUUAAGCUUUGCACAACCUUGGAUACUUCUUCUUAUGACUGUCUUGCCACUCAUAGGUGUGACAUAAAAUGAAUUUCUUCAGAUUAGUGUGACUUUGGAAAUCAGAUGAACAACAGUGUGUCCUUGGUAAGCCUUUGGGUUUAGGUCUCACUUUUCCUUGUUAUGCCUGUGUCUCAGGAUUUCCAUAUUAUCUAGUAUGGACUCAUAAGUUUGGUGUGUUUGUUUGUUAUACUCUAGUGUGUUUUAAGAGCUCUUGUAAAAAUUGAACAGGUAAUAAAAUAGGAAAGUAAGAUUUUAUCAUUAUGUUGCAGGAGUUGUCAUGAUAUAACAGAUGAAAUGAAAAAAAUCUUAUGUAGGAGAUGGGUUUGUGAAUGACUGUUUAGGAUUAUUAUAACAGCAGUAACAACUAAUCAACAACUAAAAGUAAAUCUCAUGAAAAUAUAACAAUGUAGUUAAUAAUAUGCCUAAGAAAAAAAUUAAAGCCAGGUUUGUGUAGGUGAUACUCCAAAAUAAAAGGCAAGCUAUUGGCAAAGUUUAAAUUUACCACUUUGAAAAACCUUUUUCUAGUUGUUUCCUCAUAGUAUGCAUGCUUGUCAAAUUCCAGUUAUAGAAAUUGUUCUCAUACAAUUUUUCUUGAGUAUGGUGGGCUUUGCUCCCAAAUUGUUGCAGUAUCAGAUUUUUUUUAUGAAAUAGUUUCUUGACAUUUUAUCCCUUUCUAUACGAAGUACUUUCCAAACAUUGUAAGUUUUUCACCUGCACUAAAUACCUGAUAUAAGAAAAAGAAAUUAUGAAGUGGGGAUACAAUCUUCAUACAAAAUAUGGCUUAGAGUAGAGACAGUACAAAUCAGGAAAUACAAAGUGUACACAGAAUAUCCAAUACAGUAGAAACUGUAUAGGUACAUUUUGGAGUAUAUUUGACAUACAGAAUACCUAAUUCAGUAGUGAAUCUAUUUGUAUAUUGUGGGAAGCAACAUCUCAUACCAUUGGAAUCAAGAUGAGAGAUAGUUAUUCCGACUCGUGUUUUUAAGAUAUUGGUGCCAGGUAAUCACACUGUCCAUAGCCGUUUUCUUUUGUGCAGUUUCUUUACAUGUAGAUGGCUCCACAAGCUCUCACUGACGAAGAAGUCAACGAGUAGGCCAGCGUGACUUCUUCGCCUGAUUUCCCAUUUCGUUGAGUUUUGAGAAGAAUCUUUGUUUUUUAAUGUUACUAAUACCAAUACUGUUGUUAUUAUUAUUAUUAUUAUUGAUACACUAAUUAUGAUAUUGUUAAUAAUACAAAUAGCAAUAAGAAAUAGAAAAGAAUCUUUCUGAAAAUUGAGGAAAAAGGUAAACAGGUGAAAUAGGUACAACUACCAAGUGACUUCUUGGUGACUAAGCACUUGUGGAGCCAGCUAUGUGUAAAUGUAAUCAAUAAACUAAAAGCAUUGUGGACAUGGCAUGUAUUUUUGCUAUCUAAGAAUCUUUGGGUUUAGAAAUUACUUCAGGUCUUGAAGAUGAUAGACAAAUGACUACCUCAAGUAUUGGUGGUAUAGUUGUGUACAUCAAUUAUUAAUUUCCUGCUUCUUCAGUGAAUUAAGAUUUUAAAAGUCUGUGUUAAAAUUGGCCUCUCCCUCAAAGUGGAGUAAUUAUUAUCACAGUUUUUACAAAGACAGUUCUUUGUAAUAUUUAUAUUAUUUGGUAAAUUUUGCUUUGAUUAGUCUCUGUAUGGCUUUUAUUUUUAUUUUCAUUCUUUUGUUAUUGAUAUUAAUUUUGAUGAGUGCAUAAUGAAAAUAUUGGCAUUAUUUUUAUUAUUAUUGUUUUGCUAUAGUUAUUUUUGACUCUUUAGCAUUUAUAUUUCGUAAUGUAUAAAAUUUAAAUUUAAAUGUAAGUAGGACCUAUGUUAUCAGCCUUUUUUUUCCGGAGGAAUAUAUAAAAUUUUAAUGUGCCAUGAAGUCUUUUGUAGAAAAAAUUCAAAGCUGUCAUAUUUUCCAAGGGAAUAAUGAAAACAAAUAACAUGUUGCAAAUAGUUAAUAAGUAAUAUUUCACUGUCUUAACUCUUACAUUUUGGUCAAUACUGAAAUAUUUAGGAUGUGACUGAAGUGGCACAGUGAAAAAGCAUCUGAUAUACAUAAUUUUGAGAAUUGUAUAUACAUGAAGUUCAUUGCAAGUUUAUAAUUCUGUAAGUGCCAUUACUGUAACAUUUAUUAGAAUUCAUUUGUUUUCUACUAAUUCUGUUGUAUUUGUAUAUAAUACACAAUGACUGUACUUAAUAUUUUGUAUAUUAUUUAUAUGUGCAUCAUAACAGGUAAUAAAUGUAAGUUUUUUGUCAGUUUUUACUUCAUUAGUAUUAUCUAACCAUAUACGGAAAUUAUACUUAUUCAGCUGGGGGGGAGGGGGUUAGGAGAUGGAGACUGAGGCCCAAUGUAGGGGAUUACUCCUACCUUGGACCUCCACUCUCCCCUCAACUAAUUUUGCUUGUUUUUUUCUUCUCCCUCUUCCCUUUUCUUCUCUUCUUCUGUCCACUCUAUAAGGUAUGAGAGCCAUGUAUAAAGGAUGAAAGGCUGACCGUGUCAGUCCGUAGCAGCCUUCUUACCUUUCUUUCUUUCACUAUCUGGCAUCUAUCAUGUUUUGUUCUAUUUAUUAAUUCAUUUUUACCAUUUUCACCACAAUCCUUUAUCAUAGUACUUUAUGAACUUAACUUACCUGGGGGCUUUUCCCCCCCAAGCCUUACCAUAUCACUAUAUGUUAAAUAUACUGUGAUUGACCUUAAAGGAGCAUUCCGAAUGAUAAAGUUAAUACACGUUUCCUUGCACUUUUAUCACAUUUUUUCUUUGAAAAAUUGUGUUGAUAGAUGGCUUACUUACUCUAUUCAUGAUAUAAUAGCAUAUGUUUCAAAUAAGAUUGAAUAUCAGGAACGCUCAUUUGUAAUCAAUAUUAUUACAAAAUAUAAUUGGUCUAAAUUGCAGCAGUGUUGCUUUUACUUGUCUCUGAAAACGAGGAUGGAAGGAUAAUGACUAUGCUAUUGUUAAAGGAUUUUUAUUGUUAAAAGGCAGAGGAAGGCACCAGUUUGAAGAAUGUUAUUAAUUUUUUUAUAACAAGUUGUAUAAUACAUUAAUAAAUGGACUUGUGCGGCUUUUUUAAAUUUGGGUUUGGCAGAGUGGAAGAGAAAAAAAAAAAAUCUUAAAACUAACAACUUUGGCACUAGAUAUUGGGCCUAUAGGCUGUAACAUGAAUAAAUCCAUGAUAUAAGAAAUAACAAACAGGAAACAGAUAUUUAUAAUUACUUUUGUAUAUCCUUAUUUCUCUCAAGCUUUAACAAAAGUAGCAAGAACAUCAAGUCAAAAAAUCAUAAUUUGAUAAAAAAAAA